GUUGUUUGAGUCCAGGAAAACUCCUGGCUUCUUGUUCUGAUAGAAAUUCUAAAUUGGGUCAACUGGGCAUUUCUGUUCAUCAUCACGUUUGUAAUUACAUACCUGUACGUCCAGAUAUCUAGGAGAGAAAGUGGCGCCAUGCAGAACAAUGAUUUGGCCGACUUCCGCUUUGAUGAGCCAGAAUUUGACCAGUUUUACGAGAUGAAAGUGACUCGUAUGUUCAAGUGGUCAACAGUACUGGCUAUUGUGUUUCUCUAUCCGCAAGUCAUUGUGCAGGCCCUGGUGUUCUACAAUACAGAUAAAGGCGGUUGGUUGAGCAAAGAAAGUGCUCUGCUCCUGACUACUCUGAGUGACUUCCUCAACCUCCUAAUGUUCAUACUCACCCCCUUCGUAUACUUCACCAUCAAUGUACAGUUCAGAAGAGAGGUCAAACAGAUCUGGCGUGAGAAGGUGUGGCCCACCAGAGUGAUAUGUGACAUCAUCAGCAGGAGGCGUGAGACUCUCCUCGUUGUGAAUAUGCCAGUCGACGAACAGGAAGAAGAAAGGGAAGACGGCGAUUAUUAGCUUCAAAUGACGCCAAUAAAAGAGCAUUGAGCUGUUCUCAAGAAAGAAAGUCCCAAUUGCCGAAUAAUUUCUAACAAUUUUUGAAUAGCAGUAAAAAUAAACAUCAAGAUUUAAUAACUUAUUUUAACAUUUUCAUGAUAACUUUGACAAUUUAUAGCUAUC